AUGAACCUCGACGACUUAAGCCAAUCUAAAAGUGACGGGGAUAAAGAUGAUUCAGUCCUUUCAGGAGGAUCCAUUCAUAAAGAUGAGGCAAUCUCUUCGCUCACCCCACUAGAUCUGUUUCUACUGGACUUGGAUAAAAACACUGCAUUGAUACCUCGCUGCCAAGAGGUCAUCGACAUCCAAAUGGGAGUCGAAAACCUUCUAAAAGAUCUUCUCCUGGAAGUAGAACAGGAAAAUCCCUUCCUCAAAACAACACUUAUCAAUAGUGGCAGUUUCUAUGAAGACACAAAAGUCGAAAAACCGAAUGAGUUUGAUUAUCUCGUUCAGCUCGAUAAUUUCUCUGAGCCGAGAGACAUUCAGUACGAAGAAUUAGCCGGGGCUUCAGUUAUUGUGAUUCCCAGCCAGUCGAGUUUUGAUAAACUACGAAAUCUAUCAACUUACAAGGAUGUCCCACGAAGUAUUUCUCAUUUCCAAUGGAAAACGCAUGUCAAGGGACCGUUUUAUGAAAUACUUCGUGAAAAGGAGAGUGGGUACGAGGGAUAUGGAUUGCGUGUCAUAGAAGGCCUAACCAAGCACGGCCCCGCGUGCAGUUUGAAGCUUCAAUGGAUUGGCGGAGAACGCUACAGUGGGUUAAAAAUCGGGGUUGAUUUGUCAUUAGCAGUAAAGAUUAACUUUUCUUCUUCCACCAUGAACUUAAAGCACUGCACAGAGAUUCCAGCUGAUGUCAUGCAGAAGAUUAUUUCUGACUCUGUGCCCUAUUUCUUUGCUGUUAGUGACUAUAAGGGAACUAAUUGCCCUUCUUCAAAUUUGUUGAAAGAUCAUCUGGGAGAUUCGCAUCCUAAUGAGUAUUUUUUUCGUCUUCGUUGUUCCCAGUCGUGUCUUGAACAGGCGCUGUUCCAACAUUUUGGCCCUGAAGGAGGACCAACCGUGUGUUUAAGGAUACUCAAGAUGUUGCGUGACAUAUCCACUAUCGUUGACCUUGCUCCGCACGAAUUUCUACUGAAUGCUAAUACUCGCUUGCCAAACACCGAAUUUCAGGAUUAUCUCGGUCUUGAUCUUCCAGAGGGAAGCAACGGUUAUUUUUCUUCAUAUGCGCUAAAAACUUUAGUGUUAGCUGAAUGGAGUCGAUACCCAGAAAAGAAAUAUUGGUCUGGAAGCUGUAUGAGUGAUCGUGUUUCUCGAUUACUAGAUCAGCUUCUUCUUUGUGUAAAGCAUGGGGGUAUGCGAAGUUUUUUUUAUUCAGAUUAUAAUGUUUUACCCGGAGAUUUCGACGAGGAGAUGUCAGGGGGGCAGGCUACAGCCAUCAACUCAAUAACCAUCCUGCAGCACUGGAUGACAUCAAAAAGAAAUGACACUGAUUACAAUUUCAAUGACUGCCUCCAAAGUGUUACAGAAGAUUCAAGACUUGCAUCUCAUAAAAUAACGUUUACAAAUUUGUCAUGUCUGACACUUAGCAAUACUUUUAGGCGAGAGCUGGAACUAGUGAUAAGUAAAGCAACUGGAAUAGAACCCCUAGAUCGAAAUAAAACAAGGCAAAGAAAUGGACCAUUUUCAACUAAUCGAAAUCAGUUUUUGCUUUCAUUUACACUGAACCAAAUCUGUUUCUGUGAAAUUUACAUUCAAGCCUUAGUUAAAAAAGUUGCUUCAAAAGAGAAGUUAAUACUAUUAAACCCCCGUAAAUGCUUCGUAUCCAAUGAAGGCUAUACCAGAGCAUUAGACCUUUUCAAAGAAGUAGCUGUAACAAGAAUGAAUAGCCUUGGAGAUAAUUUACCCAAUUACAACAUCUGGACAAAGGAAUUUAAACCGGGUGACAAAGGGAUAGCCAAUUUUGUGAAGUUCCUAUCAGAUAUCUUUAGAGAAGAUCUUCAGAUCCUGCAAAGUAAACUUUGA